AUGUCGACGAUACCUUUCGGACUGGCUGUAAGCAUGGUCAAGUCCACCCUGCAAACACCGGGGAAGUUCGAGGGCACGACGGUCUUCUCUGCUCCGUCGACACAUAUUUAUCGCUACGCGCUCUAUUUCGACAACGGAAAACUUCGAAUCACGCUCGAAGACAGCGACAGCAAGAAGCAGUGGUGUACAAAAGAGCUGGACCUCGAGGAUUUCGUCGAUGCUUCGAACUCCAUCCUAGACGCCCGUCCGACCGACUACGUAGAGUGUUUCCAUGAGCUACUCUCAUCGUCUCUGGAAGGUGUGAAAACCCCUCCGCGAGCUCUUCGCAAAGUAAAAAAUGAUCACUUGCUGCUCGAGUUUUACGUGAAGGUGAAGGCGUUGUUGAAGUCGCGUGUAGUGACGUACACCUUCACCCUAGAGCCGGUAUCAGUGGAGCGAAUCGACGUUCUGGAGGCGAAGCUUAGCGAUUUACAGCAAGAAGUCAAGCUACUUCGAGCAGAGGCUGCAGGGAGAAGCUCCGCUCAAGAGAUGCAAAAAAUGAUUUCAGAUUUGCGAGCGGAGGUGAAGGCGCUGCGUGGAUCCGUAAACGCUCCAGGAGCCUUUCUUGCGCGCGCAACGAGUCAGCGGGGGGCUGAAGGACUGCUUCUCUGGCGCUGCGAAGAUCUCAAAGUGGUCGACGGAGCUGUGCACGACCUGAAUCCAGGCAUUUAUCAAGUGAACAUCACGGGUGGCAAGCUCCGCAUCUGGCUCGAGAACUGCGAGAGCAAGAAGCAGUGGUGCACGAACGACGUGGUCUUUGUCGACUAUGCCAACUACACUCCAGACGUGGGCGCAGUCGGCUACAUCGACUAUCGAAGACACAGGCGAGCUUCCAACGUCCCUGCAGAGCACAAAGGAGAAUCAUUUGCGACUGGAAUUCGUGGUCAAAAUUCAAGCCCUCGCGUCUUCAUGCACGCAUUCAACUUGGAGCCGAUUUCGGUCGAGCGGGUGGACAUUCUCGAGGCCAAGCUGCGCGACCUACAGGACGAGGUGAAAGGUCUCCGAAGUGGCGCUGCUGUUAACACGGUAGUGGCAGAGCUUCAAGAGGCGGUGAAGAAGCUUCAACGUGACCUGUCGGAACGCGAAGUGGUCACUUCAAACUGA